GCACAAAAACAUCGCCAAGAGGCUUUGCAAACGAAAUGUUUGAUGUAUUUGAACGUUUUACUAAAACGAAAGAAAAUAAAGACACCCGUAAAGUGUAAUUGGUAUGGGAAAAGUUUCGUUGCGAGACAAAUGACAGCCUAUUUUUUUUGUGGAGAUCGGAUAACGCUGUGAAGUUAUCAUCAAAAUGAUACAGCGAGCCACAUCAGUAGAUGAUGGGAUAUCGGAUGAUAUUCAUGUUGAUAAUAUCGAUCCAGAUCAAACAGUAGACAAUAAGGAAUUAAACGCAGGUGUUGGUGUUUCCCAGCCUAAGAUCUCCGAAGAAGGCAUGAGUCCCUCUCCAACAAAAGAAUUGAAGAUUUGCAAAUUGUUUGCAACAUGGCCUAAGUUAUUUUUUUCACUAACAUUGUCGUGCCAUUUGCUGCUAAUAUUUAUGUCAGUCAUUCUGUAUAUCGUCGGCUACGAAAUCCUUCCGAUCGACUUCAGCGACGUACCGUUAAAUCUCGAAGAUGACCCGACCAAGUUACGGGCGGAUGCGUGGAAAUUUGCCAGCGAAAGCGACGCGGUUACGCUCAGUUCUUCUGUCGUCAGCGGUAGCACGAAGAGAGUCGUGCGGUAUCAAGUACUGGAACUAGUUUACGAAUCACAGGAAGAUAACGUACUCACGAAAACAGACCUGAAACAAAUUCAAACUUUUGAAAACGAGCUUCAGAACAACACGAUUUGGGAGCGAAAGCUGUGCUUGUUGAAUCCGUCGCAAACUUGCCAAACGACCAGCUCAAUUUUGCGAUUCUUCGACGGCACAUAUCGCAAUUUUCACAAGGAUUUGUUUGACCCAAAUUUCGAGAAUAUCCACAAUGUCCUAGAAACUGCACAGUCGCUAAAUAAAACCCGAUCAAUACUUGCUUAUCACCUGGGAAAAGACGCGAUUAUUCGAAAUGAAACGGCUCGAUCAAGGUACACGCGUUCUUUGAUGACCAUCGCCUGGCCUUUGGAUGGUUUCAACAGUACUUUGAAUAAAAAAGACGAGCAAAUGGAAAAACUAAACUCUUUAACUGUUGACGCGUUUGCGCAAAAGCUCAAGGAUACAUAUAAAUCAGGUUUAUCCGGUAUUCAGUUCUAUUAUUAUAAUCGCGCUAUUUAUGUUAAUGAGAUAAAAAUUCAGGUUGUUUUGGAUUUUCUCCUAGCCGGGGGGAGUAUGGUGUUUAUUUUUAUGUUUAUGUGGCUUCAGAUCGGAUCAUUAUGGAUAACAUCUUGGGCUAUCUUUAGUAUACUGUCUAGUUUUGUCAUAACAAACUUCAUUUACCGUGUCAUACUGGAUUUUCGCUAUUUUGGCGUGUUCCAUGUUCUCUCCGUGUUUAUCGUCCUGGGGAUUGGUGCCGAUGACGUAUUCGUGUUUAUGGACUCGUGGAAAAGCACCGCACACGUGACCGUACUGAUUACCAGACUCUCCGAGGUCUACAGCCACGCGGCUUCAGCCAUGUUUGUGACGUCGUUCACGACGAUGGUUGCGUUUCUCUCCAGUUCCCUUUCGCCGUUGCUCGCUGUGUCAACCUUCGGGACGUUCUCGGCACUGCUCGUCGCCGUCAACUACCUCUCAGUUGUGUUGUUCCUACCCUGUGUCGUUAUCAUUCACGAACUAUACCUAAAAACAAGCAACUGCUGCGUCGCGUCAUUCCCAUGCACAAACAGCAAUCGGAACGAACCAAACAAUUGCUCACCAUGUUGUUCAAGAACAAGCAACACUGUUCAUCCCGUUCAGAGCAGUUCAAAUUUACUUCCCACUGAGCCACCCCAAACCAUAACACAAAAGCUGGCAGCGUUAUUACAAGGACCAUAUUUUAAAUGUUUCGUGGGCCACAGAAAAAUUCGUUGGUUUAUUUUGCUGGUUUUCGCAGCAAUCUUGGCGACAUUCCUUGCAUUUGCUACGUUUAUUAAACCGGACGAAAAACAGGUGGAUAUGUGGGUGCCUGGCACGAACUGGUACGAAGUGAAACGGUUAAGAGAGUCUGCAUUUCGACCAAGUGAGGAAGACAAUAUUUUUGCUGUUCAUAUCAUCUGGGGUUUGAAGGAGCAAGAUCGAACAAACUGCCAUUUCACUGACUAUAAAUGUAAAGGAAAGACGGUGUUUGACACGAGUUUUGAUCUCAAUCCACCCCCCUGUCAGAAUGCUGCACUGAGUUUAUGUCAGAAGUUGAAAGAUCUACCAAGAAAACAGCAAGACGCUUUGAAGAUACGACGCAGUCUUGUUUCUGAUGAAGUGCAGUUGAAAUGCUUGCUAGCAAGAAUGAGAGAAUACUUCGAGGUUGAAAGUAACAAGUCGAACAAGUACCCUUUAAACACAAAUCUUCGCUUGCCUGUUAACGCCGAGAAAAUGGGAAUUUUAAUGAAGGGCAACCCGCAGCUGUACAAUAAAACAGCGUUACCUGAAACAUAUUAUCGGUAUUUUGAACUGGCUCUGGGUUACUUCAUAACAGAUGGUUUAAAACCCGAUUACUGGAGAGAUUACGAUUUUCAAACUUACUCUCAGCUCGUUGGUGGAGAAAAGGAUCCUAGUGCUCUAACCAGUAGCUCUAAUUUACAAGGUAAUAAAUAUGGGAAUCGUUUACUUUUUAUGGCUAUCGCGGUGAACACAACGUUAUCUGCAGAUAAUCUGGGAUAUGAACGUGGCUUACCCAUCUAUAAUGAGUGGGAGAGUUUCGUUAAAGAUCAGAUGAAAGAAAUGCCACCGUCCUGUCGACAAGGUUUUCAAGCGACCGUAGAUGCACGCAAUGCCUGGCAUUGGAUUAAAGUCCAGCAGAUCCUUGUCCGAAACGCUGUACAAGGUAUAGUACUGGGUCUGUGUCUCGCUCUGGUUAUACUGACUGUUGCAACAAUGAACUGGAUGAUAAGUCUCCUAGCAACGCUGACGAUUGGUCUGAUCACGUGUUGUGUUGUGGGCGUCAUACCAAUGGCAGGAUGGAAACUAGGAAUCUUAGAAUCCUUAAAUUUAACUUUGGUUGUCGGUCUUUCUGUUGAUUAUGUCGUACAUCUGGCACAAGGUUACGUCACCGCGCAAGCUACCGGAAGAUUGGAACGAGUCCAAAGCACACUUGGUCACGUGGGCAUCUCAGUGCUGUCAGGCGCAUGCUCAACUUUAGGUGCAUCCAUAUUCAUGUUCGGCGCGAAAAUCUUAUUUUUCUUUCAGUUCGGGAUUUUUAUAUUCUCGACGGUGGGAUUUUCAUUAGUUUUUUCCUUGGUAUUCUUUGUUGCCGUCCUUGGUCUGGUUGGACCCGUGGAUAAUGCGGGGUCACUAUCACCUUGGGUGGGGAUGUUUGUGGGUUACUUGAGGGGUAGAACCAAGACUGACGUGGAUUGCAAGGGGUGUCGUGGAAAGGGCUUUGUGAAGAAGGAUACGUAACGAUAAAAAAGGAAACGUAAAUCAAGAUGCGUGCGCACAAGAAACCCUCAAUGAACAGAAAUGUUUGGUAUGCAGAAUAUGUAGAUGCUCAUGCUGAAUAACAUGGCGGAUUUUCAUCGCAGUAUUGUGCAUUUGUGCCUAAAGGUCUGUGCGUAUUGAGAAACCGCUUCAUCCUUAUAUUGCCCUGUGGCCAAGUCAAAUUUCUAUCGUAGUCCGCAGACAGCGCACAAACCAUCAACGAAACCACCGUAAAAAGUGAACUGUUAGUCUGAUUUAGAACUAAAAAUAGGCGACUGCUUAGUAGAAAGGAAUGGGGAAAAGUGUGGUGGGUUAAAGGUUUAAUAUAAUUUAUAAAAUAAACGUUGUGAACGUACGUAACUUGUGACGUUAUGCAAGAUAGCAGGAAACCUAAUUAUGACCUUAUUAGUGUGGAAAGAAUAUAAUUUCCUGACCUAAUUAAAAA